UGGCCUAGGAUCCAGGAACUAACUUCAGAAAUUUUCCAUAUAUGGAAUAACUAGGAUGGGUUUAGAAGCCCAAAAAGGUUUAUAUAAGUGUGGGAGUACGAACGCUCCAGAUAGGAUGCAAGAAGCAGCACAGGUACAGCAGUUGAGUCUCUGCAUUAAAAUCAACUACUGGAGGAAAUUAAAAUGAUUGGUGCUGUGUUUUCGAUGUUCUGGACUCUCCUGCUCCCCCUGCUGGUUGAGAGUACUCCUUUUUCUCCGGAACUGUUCCCGACUGACUGCUCUGAUGUCUACGCUAACGGACAAACACUCAGUGAAGUGUACACAAUCUACCCUACAGGGGAAACACCUGUACAGGUGUAUUGUGACAUGGGCUGGUGGGAAAGCCGAACAGAGGAUGGGAGUUGGACGGUGUUUCAGAGGAGAAUGGAUGGCAGUGUGAAUUUCUACAGACCAUGGGAACACUACAAGAAAGGAUUUGGGAACAAGGAUGGAGAAUACUGGCUAGGAUUGGAGAAUCUUUACCAACUCACACGUAGGAGGAAGUAUGAGCUGAGAGUGGACCUGCAGGACUUUGAUGGAUCAUCAGUUUAUGCUCACUAUUCCUAUUUCUCUGUGGAUUCUGAAGCUGAGGGCUACAGGCUCCACGUUAGAGGUUUCAUCAAUGGAGGUGCAGGUGACUCUCUGGCCAUACACAAUGGACAGAAAUUCACCACCUUGGACAGAGACCAGGACUUGUAUGCACCAAAAAACUGUGCUAAACUCUUCCUUGGGGCUUUUUGGUACAACCAGUGCCACUAUGCUAACCCUAAUGGAAUAUACCUGAGGGGAAAUGAUGACACCCAUUUUGCUAUUGGAAAUGUGUGGUACACUUGGAAAGACUAUAAUAAUGGUCUUAAGUCCAUCACUAUGAAAAUCAGACCUGUGAUAUAAUGAGUCUUUAUCACUGAAAAGCUAUGAUGUUCUCAAGUACAUCGCUAAGAAGAUCAGAUCUGAGUCUUCUGAGGCCUAUGUGACUUUUUCUUGACAUCACUUUUUGUAUUUUGGUGUUUACUUUGAUUUUAAAGAUAUAAUAAUAAUUUAGAAUUUAAAUUAAAUUUAACUAUUUAAUAAUAAUAUUUUAAAGGGUUGUAAUAAUGUCUGUAAAGUAUAUUGCUGCAGUAUUUGAGGUCUAUAUACAUUUCUUCCAGUGUACUGAUGUAAAAAUGAAAUUUAUGAGCUGUAAAUGAACAGAAUAGUAGUUUCUAAGACCUUGUGAAAUUGAAAAAAAUACUGCAAAUGACAUCAAAAUAAAAAAAUAAAUAAAUAAAUAAACAGUAACUCAUUGCUCUGAUA